UCCAUUGACACAAUAUUUUUGUCAUUCCUAUAUACCACUCCAUUGAGUAGACAAGUGACAUUGGAAAUAAUAGAAGCCACACCACCGACUAUAAAUAUGACUAUAAAUGUAACUUGUUCAUUUUUCAUUAACAACCUUAUGAUGCCUUUUAAUGUUGUGUUUAUUUAUAAAUUAUUGUAAUAUUUAUAAACAUCUAUGUUCUCUUUGUUUGAACGUUUUAUCUAUUUCCUUUUCUUAAUAAACCCUGAAAUUCUGCAUUUGUAUUAUUUAGGAAAAAAAGGACUAAUCGUAAGUAAACAAUUAAGACGAAAGCGCCCAUUAUCAAGGGACCAUGGAUCCAAUUGUCUCAACAACUACUGAAAGUGCACUUAAUAUUACGGCAAGUGUGGUCAAACGACAAGUGGGUUACUUUUUUAAUUACAAAGACAAAUUUAAGGAGUUGAAAUCUUACAUUGAGAAGUUGGAAAAUAAUAAGGAGAGACUACAACAUCAAGUUGAUAGUGCACUAAGGAGUGGAGAUGAAAUUGAAAAGGACGUUCAACAUUGCUUAACCUUCAUGGAUGAUAAAAUAAAAGAAUAUAAAAGUUUUAUUAAUGAUGAUUGUCAUGCAAAGACAAUUUGCUCAAUUGGUUUCUUUCCAAAUAAUUUCCGACUGAGGUAUAAACUGGGUAGAAAAGCUACAAAGAUGGUGGAGGAAAUUAUAGGAGAUGAGCUUUGGAAAGCUUUUUUUGACAAUGUUUCGUACCAAGAAUUUCCAUCCAUUGAUGCUACUUUUUCAAACAAUGUUUAUGAAAGCUUUGCAUCAAGAACUAAAACUAUGGAGAUGAUCAUGAAAGCACUGCAAGACUCUACAGUUGGUAUGAUUGGAGUUUAUGGGCCUGGUGGUGUGGGUAAGACCACUUUAGUCAAAGAAAUUGCUAACAAAGCUCGAGAAAAGAAUUUGUUCGAGAUAAUCAUCAUAGCAAAUAUUACAGGAAAUCCUGACUUCAAAAAAAUUCAAGAGCAAAUUGCUGUCAUGCUAGGAAUGAAAUUGGAAGAGGAAAGUGAGAUUGCAAGAGUAGAUCGUAUUCGAAAGAGGUUAAAGAAUGAAAAGGAGAACACCCUUAUUAUCCUUGAUGAUCUUUGGGGUGGAUUGGACUUUAAUAAACUUGGGAUUCCAUGUAAUGAUGAUGCAAGCCAACAAGAAGUCAAUGACAUAUCUGAUUUUGGUUAUAAUAAGACAGAAAUAAAAGAGUUGUCAAAAGUUGAUUUGGAUAAGAUGAAAAAGGAAAAGUUGUCUAACGAUUAUAGAGGAGGAAAAAAAGGACUAAUCGUAAUUGAUUUGGAUAAGAUGAAAAAGGAAAAGUUGUCUAACGAUUAUAGAGGAGGGAAAAUUCUUCUAACAUCUAGAAAUAAACAAGUAUUAUGUAAUGAAAUGGAUGUGCAACAAAGGUCAAUUUUUUCGGUAGGAGUCCUUGAUGAAAAGGAAUCAGAGACUUUGCUUAAGAAAGUUGCUGGUGUGAAAAAUUCUGAGUUUGAUAGGAGUGCUACUGAAAUUGCCAAAUGGAGUGCUGGGUUUCCAAUAGCCUUAGUUUCCAUAGGAAGGACACUAAAGAAUAAAAGCUUAUCUACAUGGGAAGAUGUCUGUCAACAAAUUAAAAGACAAAAUUUUACAUCAGAAUGGGGAUUUACUGACUUCUCAAUAAAGUUGAGCUAUGAUCAUCUAAAAAAUGAGGAGCUUAAGUGUAUCUUCUUACACUGUGCUAGAAUGGGAAGUGAUGCUUUGAUUAUGGACUUGGUGAAAUUUUGUGUUGGUUUGGAUUUGCUUCCAGGAGUCCACACAAUUACAGAUGCAAGGAAAAGAGUAAAGGAGAUGAUACAAGAGCUAGAAGAAUCGAGUUUGUUGGUGAAAAGUUAUUCUAUUGAUCGCUUCAACAUGCAUGACAUUGUGCGAGAUGUUGCUCUUUCAAUAUCAUCCAAGGAAAAACAUGUUCUUUAUAAGAAAAAUGCAAUACUUUAUGAGUGGCCUCACGAAAAUGACUUUGAAAGGUACUCUGCCAUUUUUGUACACUUUUGUGACAUCAAUGAUGAGCUUCCUGAGAGUAUACAUUGUCCUCGACUUGAAGUCUUACAUAUUGACAAUAAAAAUGAAUCUUUUGAAAUACCAGAUGAAUUUUUUAAAUCUAUGGUUCGACUCAGAGUGUUGGUAUUAACUGGUAUUAAUUUAUCUUGCUUACCUUCAUCAAUUAAAUGCCUAAAAAAAUUGAGAAUGCUUUGUUUGGAGCGAUGCACUUUAGGAGAGAACCUAUCAAUGAUUGGUGAGUUAAAGAAUUUAAGAAUCCUUACUUUGUCAGGAUCUAAUAUAGAAAAUUUGCCUCUUGAAUUUGGGCAAUUGGAUAAGCUUCAAUUUCUUGACAUAAGCAAUUGCUUAAAACUAAGACAAAUAACUUCCAAUAUCAUACCGAGGAUGGGCAUUUUAGAGGAGUUUUAUAUCAGAGACAACUUGAUUAUAUGGGAGGCUGAAGAGAAUAUGAAAAGUGAAAAUGCUAGUCUCUCUGAGUUGAUGCACUUGAAUCAGUUACAAAAUCUAGACAUACACAUCCAUUGUUCUUCCUAUUUUCCCCAGAAUUUGUUUUUUGACAGGUUGAAUAGUUACAAGAUUGUCAUUGGUGAAUUCAACUUGUCUAACUUGCUUAAAGUGGGAGAAUUCAAAGUCCCUGACAAGUAUGAGGAGGUGAAAUUUUUGGCAUUAAACCUAAAAGAAGGUAUUGAUAUUCAUUCUGAAAAAUGGAUUAAAAUGUUGUUCAAAAGUGUUGAAUGCUUGUUGUUGGGAGAACUCGAUGAUGUUAAAGAUAUUUUCUAUGAAUUAAAUGUUGAAGGAUUUCCAAAUUUGAAACAUUUAUCCAUUGUAAACAAUUUUGGCAUUAAGUAUAUUAUCAAUCCAAGGGAGCGGUUUCACUCUUUAGUCGCUUUUCCCAAAUUAGAGUCCAUAUGGCUUUACAAAUUGGAUAAUUUGGAAAUAAUAUGUGACAAUCAGCUUGUAGAGACCUCUUUCCGCAAUUUAAAGGUCAUCAAGAUUCAAACAUGCAUUAAAUUGGUAAACCUUUUCCUAUUUUCUAUGGUUAGACUCCUCACUUUGCUUGAAACAAUUGAAGUGUGUGACUGUGAUUCUUUGAAGGAGAUAGUUUCAAAAGAAAGUCAAACUAAUACUAUCAGCGAUGAUAAGAUUCAGUUUCCCCAGUUACGACUUUUAAAGUUGAAGUAUCUACCAACAUUUAUUUAUUUAUAUAAUGCUGAUAAGAUUCCUGGUAGUCCACACUCGUUGCAAGACCAAGUAUUCCAACAAAGGAACAAAGAUAUUGUUGUUGAUGUUGAGCACAUGGUCACCAAUUCUUGUCUUCCACUCUUCAAUGAAAAGGUCUCAACUCCCAAAUUAGAAUGGUUGGAGUUAUCCUCCAUCAACAUCCAUAAGAUAUGGAGUGACCAGUGUAACCAUUGUUUUCAAAAUUUGCUCACAUUGAAUGUGACAGAUUGCAGUAAUUUAAAGUAUUUACUAUCAUUCUCUAUGGCCGAAAGUUUGGUGAAUCUUCAAAGCAUUUUUGUAAGUGAAUGUGCAAUGAUGGAGGAUAUAUUUCGUCAAGAAGAUGCAGAGUAUAUUGAUGUUUUCCCUAAGUUGAAGAAAAUGGAGAUUAUCUGCAUGGACAAACUCUGUACCAUUUGGAAAUCCGAUAUUGGUUUGCAUUCCUUUAGCAGUUUGAACUCUUUGAUGAUAAGAGAGUGCCAUAAACUUGUUACAAUUUUUCCUAAUUAUAUGGGGCAAAGAUUGCAAAGCCUUCAAAGCUUGACAGUUACAGAUUGCAAAUUGGUUGAAAACAUUUUUGAUUUUGAAAAUAUUCCGCACACUUGUGAUAUUAUUGAAGCAAAUUUGGGUAAUAUAUUUCUAGAAAACCUGCCAAAUUUGGUGAACGUAUGGAAGGGUUACACCGGUGAAAUACUCAAAUGUAAUAAUUUGCAAAGCAUAAGAGUUUAUGAGAGUCCAAAAUUGAAGUAUCUAUUUCCAGUUUCUAUUGCCAAUGACCUAGAAAAACAAGAAGUCCUUGAGGUACGGAAUUGUGGGGCAAUGACAGAGAUUAUUGCUUUGGACAAACAUUCAAGUGCAACUGCUAUCACCUUUAAAUUUCCUCAUCUAAAUACUCUAUCAUUAAUAGACUUGCAUGACUUGAGGAGUUUCUACUCAGGAAUUCAUACUUUAGAGUUGCCACCAUUAAAGAAAUUGGAUAUAAUCAACUGUAGCAUGCUCGAAGGAUUGACUUCAGAAAUCACAGAUUCAAAAGAGCAACCAAUUGUUUUAGCUGCAAAAAAGGCAAUAUAUAACUUGGAAUACAUGUCGCUGAGCUUGAAGGAAGCAGAGUGGUUGCAAAAAUACAUUGUUAAUGUUCACAGAAUGCACAAACUAGAAGAACUUACUUUGUAUGGGUUGAAGAAUAAUGAAAUUCUCUUUUGGUUUCUUCAUAGACUUCCCAAUUUGAAAAGGUUAACAUUAGAACUUUGUCACUUGAAAAGGAUUUGGGCUCUUAAAAGUCUUAUUUCACGUGAAAAAAUUGGUGGUGUUGUGCAACUUAAAGAGCUGAAACUAGAAAGAAUGAGGUCUCUAGAGGAGAUUGGCUUUGAGCACGAGGUGCUUCUUCAAAGGGUGGAACGCUUAAGCAUUCAACAUUGUACAAAACUGAAAAAUUUAGUGUCAUCUUCGGUAACUUUUAGUUACUUGACAUAUUUAGAAGUGAUGAAUUGUAAAUCAAUGAGGAGUUUAAUGACAUGCUCAACUGCUAAAACUUUGGUUCAACUCACAACGUUGAAGGUAUGCUCCUGCCCAAUGAUUGUGGAAAUCGUUGCAGAAAAUAAAGUGGAAAAAGUACGAGAGAUUGAAUUUAAACAGUUAAAAUCAUUAGAAUUGGUGUCUCUACAAAAUCUCACAAGUUUCUCUAAUGUUGAGAAGUGUGACUUAAAAUUCCCACUACUAGAAAAAUUAGUAGUAAGUGAAUGUCCUCAAAUGACAAAAUUAUCUGAAAUCCAAAGUGCUCCAAACCUACAAAAAGUACAUGUUGAAGCAGGAGAAAAAGACAAAUGGUAUUGGGAAGGUGAUUUGAAUGCCACUCUACAAACACAUUUCACAAACCAGGUUUCUUUUGAAUAUUCAAAGUAUAUAAAUCUUGUUGAUUAUCCCGAGAAGAAAGUUCGACAUGACAAAUUUGCUUUUCCGGACAAUUUCUUUGGUUGUUUGAAGAAAUUGGAAUUCAAUGAAGCAUGUAAAAGAGACACUUUGAUUCCCUCUCACGUACUGCCUUACUUGAAGAACUUAGAAGAAUUGAAUGUGGAGAAAUGCGAAUCAGCAAAACUAAUAUUUGACAUAGAUGAGAGAAAAAUCCAGAUGUAUGGAAUGGUGUUUCGUUUGAAAACGCUUACGUUAAAACAGUUGUCAAAUUUAAAAUGUGUGUGGAAGGAAAAUCUCGAAGGAAUUGUCAGCUUUUCGAAUUUGCAAAGAGUGGAUGUUGAUGGUUGUAGAAGCCUAUUAACAUUGUUCCCUUUAUCACUUGCCAAAGAUCUUGGGAAGUUGGAGACACUUGAUAUAAAGGAGUGUGAGAAAAUGAUAGAAAUAGUUGGAAGGGAAGAUGAAAUGGAACAUGGAACGACAAUAAUGUUUGAAUUCCCUUGUUUGUCAUAUCUAAAUCUUGAAAACAUGCCACUGUUGAGUUGCUUUUACCUUGGAAAGCAUCAUCUAGAAUGUCCCUUGUUAGAUAGGUUAUAUGUGGCAUGUUGUCCUAAGCUGAAGGUAUUCAGAUCAAGCUUUGAUGAUGAUAGUAAAAAAGAAGUUUUAGAGGCUCCAACUGACUUGUUACAACAACCUUUGUUCUCUAUUCAGAAGGUUUCUCCCAAACCGGUGGGAUUAACACUCAAUGAGGAAAACAUUAAGCUAAUGAGUGAUGCACGUUUGCCACAAGACCUUCUUUGUAAACUAAAAUCUCUUAUACUAUCAUUUGAGGAUGAUAACAAUGGGAAAGAUAGUUUGCCUUUUAGUUUCUUUCACAAGCUACCCAAUUUAGAAUCUCUUACAGUACAGAAAUGCUCUGGUCUAAAGGAGAUAUUUCCCUCUCAAAAGCUUCAAGUUCACGACAACGUACUUGCUGAAUUGAAAAGAUUACUUUUGUUGGAGUUAAGUGAGUUAGAGUCUAUAGGUUUAGAACACACGUGGGUACAACCAUACUCCAAAAAGCUUGAUUGGCUAUUUCUUUACAGUUGCCAUCGAGUAGAAAACAUAGUUUCUUGUGCAGUGUCAUUCAUCAAUCUUAAAGAUUUAUUUGUGAUGGGCUGCGAAAGGAUGGAGUAUUUAUUCACGUCUGCAACACUAAAAUGUUUGGUGAAACUUGAGACUCUAUUCAUAGGAUAUUGUGGAUCAAUCAAAGAAAUUGCAAGAAAUGAAGAGGAAGAUGAUUGUGAUGAGAUAAUAUUUGGACGACUCCGAUCAAUUGAGCUGGAAUACUUGCCAAGGCUGAUAAGCUUUUAUUCAGGAAAUGCCACCUUGCAAUGCCCAUGUUUACAAAAUGUGAUGGUAACUGAAUGUCCCAAUAUGAUAACUUUCUCUGAAGGAGUCAUAAAACUAGCAAUGUUUUCGGGGAUUCAAACAUCCGAAGAUUCUGAUUUCACCUUCCACGUCGAUCUCAACACAACUGUCGAAAGUUUAUUUCAUGAAAAGGUUUCUUUUGAAUAUUCAAAGUAUAUAAAUCUUGUUGAUUAUCCCGAGAAGAAAGUUCGACAUGACAAAUUUGCUUUUCCGGACAAUUUCUUUGGUUGUUUGAAGAAAUUGGAAUUCAAUGAAGCAUGUAAAAGAGACACUUUGAUUCCCUCUCACGUACUGCCUUACUUGAAGAACUUAGAAGAAUUGAAUGUGGAGAAAUGCGAAUCAGCAAAACUAAUAUUUGACAUAGAUGAGAGAAAAAUCCAGAUGUAUGGAAUGGUGUUUCGUUUGAAAACGCUUACGUUAAAACAGUUGUCAAAUUUAAAAUGUGUGUGGAAGGAAAAUCUCGAAGGAAUUGUCAGCUUUUCGAAUUUGCAAAGAGUGGAUGUUGAUGGUUGUAGAAGCCUAUUAACAUUGUUCCCUUUAUCACUUGCCAAAGAUCUUGGGAAGUUGGAGACACUUGAUAUAAAGGAGUGUGAGAAAAUGAUAGAAAUAGUUGGAAGGGAAGAUGAAAUGGAACAUGGAACGACAAUAAUGUUUGAAUUCCCUUGUUUGUCAUAUCUAAAUCUUGAAAACAUGCCACUGUUGAGUUGCUUUUACCUUGGAAAGCAUCAUCUAGAAUGUCCCUUGUUAGAUAGGUUAUAUGUGGCAUGUUGUCCUAAGCUGAAGGUAUUCAGAUCAAGCUUUGAUGAUGAUAGUAAAAAAGAAGUUUUAGAGGCUCCAACUGACUUGUUACAACAACCUUUGUUCUCUAUUCAGAAGGUUUCUCCCAAACCGGUGGGAUUAACACUCAAUGAGGAAAACAUUAAGCUAAUGAGUGAUGCACGUUUGCCACAAGACCUUCUUUGUAAAAUAAAAUAUCUUAUACUAUCAUUUGAGGAUGAUAACAAUGGGAAAGAUAGUUUGCCUUUUAGUUUCUUUCACAAGCUACCCAAUUUAGAAUCUCUUACAGUACAGAAAUGCUCUGGUCUAAAGGAGAUAUUUCCCUCUCAAAAGCUUCAAGUUCACGACAACGUACUUGCUGAAUUGAAAAGAUUACUUUUGUUGGAGUUAAGUGAGUUAGAGUCUAUAGGUUUAGAACACACGUGGGUACAACCAUACUCCAAAAAGCUUGAUUGGCUAUUUCUUUACAGUUGCCAUCGAGUAGAAAACAUAGUUUCUUGUGCAGUGUCAUUCAUCAAUCUUAAAGAUUUAUUUGUGAUGGGCUGCGAAAGGAUGGAGUAUUUAUUCACGUCUGCAACACUAAAAUGUUUGGUGAAACUUGAGACUCUAUUCAUAGGAUAUUGUGGAUCAAUCAAAGAAAUUGCAAGAAAUGAAGAGGAAGAUGAUUGUGAUGAGAUAAUAUUUGGACGACUCCGAUCAAUUGAGCUGGAAUACUUGCCAAGGCUGAUAAGCUUUUAUUCAGGAAAUGCCACCUUGCAAUGCCCAUGUUUACAAAAUGUGAUGGUAACUGAAUGUCCCAAUAUGAUAACUUUCUCUGAAGGAGUCAUAAAACUAGCAAUGUUUUCGGGGAUUCAAACAUCCGAAGAUUCUGAUUUCACCUUCCACGUCGAUCUCAACACAACUGUCGAAAGUUUAUUUCAUGAAAAGGAAUUUUUCAACCAUUCAAAGCACAUGAUUCUUGAUGAAUAUCUUGAGAUAACGGGAGUUCAGCACAUAAAACCUGAUAUUGCAGACAAUUUCUUUGGUAGUUUCAAGGAAAUGGAAUUUCAUGCAGCAUGCAAAAGAGCUGUCGUAAUUCCAUUUCAUUUACUCCCUUACUUGAAGAACUUAGAAAAGUUGAAUGUGCAUAGUUCUGAUGCAGUCAAGGUAAUAUUUGACUUUGAUGAGAGUGAGGACAAGACAAAGGGAAUAGUCUCUAGUUUGAAAGAACUUACUUUAAAAAACUUGUCAAAUUUGAAAUGUGUAUGGAAGGAAAAUCUCGGAGGAAUUGUUAGCUUUCCCAAUUUGGAAGAAGUGAUUGUCACUGAUUGUAGAAGCUUGGUAACACUUUUGUCUUCAUCCCUUGCCAAAAGUGUUGAAAAACUUAAGACACUUCGAAUGGAGAGGUGUGAAAAAUUGGAAGAAAUAGUUGGAGAGGAAGAUGAAAGGGAGCAUGGAAUGACAUUAACGUUUGAAUUUCCUUGCUUGACCGUGUUAUUUCUUUUGGAUAUGCCACUGUUAAGUUGCUUUUAUCCUGGAAAACAUUAUCUGGAAUGCCCCAUAUUAGAUUCAUUAUUUGUGGCGUAUUGUCCUAAGUUAAAGCUAUUCACAUCAGAUACUGGUGACAGUCAUAAAGAAGAAGUUAUAGAGGCUCCAAUUAGCCCGCUACAACAACCUUUGUUCUUGGUAGAAAAGGUUUCUCCAAAACUGAAAAAAUUAGCACUUAAUGAGAAAAACAUCAUGUUGUUGAGAGAUGGAUGUUUGCCGCAUGAUCUUCUUUGCAAGCUAAGUCAUCUUUGGUUUCUUUUUGAGGAUUAUGAAAUUGAGAAUGAUACUCUGCCUUUUGAUUUCUUUCACAAGCUACCUUGUUUAGAAUAUCUUCAUUUGGAAAAAUGUUUUGGUCUGAAGGUGAUAUUUCCCUCUCAAAAGCUUCAGGUUCAUGACAAAGUACUUGCUGGAUUGAAACAAUUAUGUUUGAUAAAAGUAAGUGAGUUAGAGUCCAUAGGUUUGGAGCACGAGUGGGUACAACCAUACUCUAGAAAGCUUGAACUACUAAAGCUUCACACUUGCCCUCAAGUAGAAAACAUAGUUUCUUGUUCAGUGUCAUUCAUCAAUCUUACAAAGUUAUAUGUGAAGCUAUGUGAAAAGAUGGAAUAUUUAUUCACAUUUGCAACACUCAAAAGUUUGGUGAAACUUAAAACUCUAAGCAUAAAGAAUUGUGAAUCAAUAAAAGAAAUUGUAAAAAAGGAGGAUGAAGAUGCUUGUGAUGAGAUAGUGUUUGGACAGCUCAGAUCAAUUAAGCUGAAUUCCUUACCAAAGCUAUUAAGCUUUUAUUCAGGAAAUGCCACUUUGAAAUUCUUGUGUUUGCAGAGUUUUAUGGUAGCUAAAUGUCCCAAUAUGAUAACUUUCUCUGAAGGAGUAAUAAAUAUGCCAAUACUUUCGGGGAUUAAAACAUCGAAAGAUUCUGUUGUAGUAUUCCACGACAAUCUCAACACAACAAUCGAGACGUCGCUUCACGAACAGGAAUUUAUGGAAUAUUCAAAGCGUAUGAUUCUUGAAGAUUAUCUUGGGAUGUCUGGAGUUCACCACAGAAAACCUAUUGUUUCAGACAAUUUUUUUGGUAGUUUCAAGAAAUUGGAAUUUGAUGCAGCAUGCAAUAGAACUGUUUUAAUUCCAUCUCAUGUACUUCCUUACUUGAAGAACUUAGAAGAAUUGAAUGUGAAAAAAUCCGAUGCAAUGCAAAUAAUAUUCGACAUUGACGAGAGUGAGGUCAAGACGAAGGGAGUAGUUUUUGGUUUGAAAAAACUUACUUUACGCAAUUUGUCAAAUUUGAAACGUGUAUGGAAGGAAAAUUCCACAGGAAUGAUCAGCUUUCAUAAUUUGCAAGAAGUGGUUGUUAAUGGUUGUGGAAGUUUGAUAACAUUGUUCUCUUCGUCCCUAGCAAGAAAUCUCGGGAAGCUUGAGAAACUUAGCAUAAAAGAGUGUGGAAAACUGGUAGAAAUAGUUGAAAAGGAAGAUGGAACGGAAAAUGGAACCAAAAUAAUGUUUGAAUUCCCUUGUUUGACGUGGCUAUAUCUCAAAAACAUGCCACUCUUGAGUUGCUUUUAUCCUGGAAAGCAUGAUCUGGAUUGUCCGUUAUUGGAAACCUUAUUUGUGUGCUUUUGUCCUAAAUUGAAGCUAUUCACAUCAGACUUUGAUGAAAAUCAGAAAGGAGCUAUAGAGGCUCAAAUUAGCCCACUGCAACAACCUAUGUUUUCAGUUGAAAGGGUUUCUCCCAAAAUAAAGGCUUUGGCACUCAAUGAAGAAAACAUAAUGUUAUUUAGAGAAGUACAGUUGCUACAAGACAUUCUUUGCAAUAUAGUUAUUCUUGGGUUGUGUUUUGAGGAUGAUAACAUUGAGAAAGAUAGUUUGCCUUUUGACUUCUUUAACACACUACCCAAUGUAUUCUAUCUUGCAAUUAAAAAGUGCUUUGGUUUGAAGGAGAUAUUUCCCUCUCAAAAACUUCAAGUUCACGAUGGAGGACUUGCGGGAUUGAAACAAUUAUUCUUGGUAGAUCUAAAAGAGUUAGAGUCGGUGGGCUUAGAACACCCUUGGGUACAACCGUACUCUGAAAAGCUUCAAGCAUUAAGCCUUAAGAGGUGCCCUCAGUUACAAAAAUUAGUUUAUUGUGCAGUGUCUUUCAUCAAUCUUGAAGUACUGUGCGUGAAACUCUGUGAAAGGAUGGAAUAUUUAUUCACAUUUGCAACAGUCAAAAGUUUGGUGAAACUUGAGACCCUAAUCAUAAAUAGUUGUGAAUCAAUGAAAGAAAUUAUUAAACAUGAAAACGAAGAUGGUUGUGCUGAGAUGGUAUUUGGACGACUCAAAUCAAUCAAGCUGAAAUCAUUGCCAAGACUUGUAAGGUUUUAUUCAGGGAAGGCCACUCUGCAAUGCUCAUAUUUAAAAGUCGUCAUGGUAGUUAAAUGUCCCAGUAUGAAAACUUUUUCUGAAGGAGUCAUGAAAGUGCCAAAGUUUUCAGGAAUUCAAACAUCUAAGGAUUCUGAUUUAAUCUUCCAUGAAGAUCUCAAUACAACUAUCAAGAAAUUGUUUCACGAAGAGGUGGAAAAAUCCGCUUGCGAUUUAGAGCAUUUGAAAUUUGGUGAUCACCCUAACCUGGAAGAGAUUUGGCUUGGUGUAGUUCCAAUUCCAAGAAACGAUUGUUUCAACAAUUUGCAAUCUAUAGCUGUGGUUCAAUGUGAAUCUCUCUCCAAUGUCAUUCCUUUCUAUUUACUACGCUUUCUUUCUAACCUCAAAGAGAUCGAGGUAAGCAACUGUCAAUCUGUGAAGGCAAUAUUUGAUGUGAGAGGUGAAGGAGCAUAUAUGAAACCGAUUUCUCUUCCUUUGAAGAAACUCAUUCUAAAUCAGUUGCCAAAUCUGGAGCACAUCUGGAAUCUGAAUCCUGAUGAAAUUCUGAGCCUUCAAGACUUGCAACAAGUGUCAAUUUCUAACUGUCAAACCCUUAAAAGUUUGUUUCCAACAUCAGUGGCCAAUCAUCUUGUUAAGCUUCAUGUGAGAGCUUGUGCAACAUUGGUGAAAAUUUUUGUAGAGACUGAAACAGCCUCUGAAGGAGAAACUAAACAGUUCAAUUUCCAUUGUCUGACCUCAAUAACACUAUGGGAAUUGCCAGAGCUCAAGUACUUGUACCCUGGAAAACACACUCAGGAAUGGCCAAUGCUAACACAUCUAGAUAUAUAUCAUUGUGAUCAGUUGAAAUUGUUUAAAACCGAGAAUCAUAGUGAUGAAUUUUCAGAUACAAAGGAUCAACUCGGUAUUUCAAUACAUCAGCAACCUGCUUUCUCAGUUAAAAAGGUUUUUCCAAAGUUGGUGCAAUUAUCACUCAAAAAGGAAGACGCCAUGGCAAUUUUGCAAGGACAGCUCCAGGUUAUACCAAGCAUUGAACACCAAGCAAUCACUCGGAAGGACACUAGGAUUGGACAAGGACAAUUUGGUGCAAAUGUUGCACAACUCCUGCAAAAUUUAAAACUUCUCAAAUUAAUGUGCUAUCAUGAAGAUGAUAAGUCAAAUAUAUUCUCUAGUGGAUUACUUGAAGAGAUACCCAACAUUGAAAAUCUUGAAGUGGUUUGCAGUUCCUUCACUGAAAUAUUCUGCUCUCAAGGACCUACCAAUGAUUGUAGCAAAGUACUUCUAAAGCUGAAAAGAUUACAUCUGAAGAAUCUCCCACAGCUUAAUACCAUCGGAUUAGAGCACUCAUGGGUAGAACCCUUACUUAAAACACUAGAAACAUUGGAAGUGUUUUCAUGCCCUAACAUGAAAAUUUUGGGGCCAUCCACCUUGUCUUUUUCAAGUCUUACCUCUUUGAGUGUUGAUGAAUGCCAUGGAUUGUUAUAUCUGUUCACAUCCUCAACAGCCAAAAGACUAGGUCAACUGAAGCACUUUUCCAUACGGGAUUGUCAAGCAAUACAGGAAAUAGUGUCCAAAGAGGAAGAUCAUGAAUCAGAAGAUGAAGAUAUAACAUUUGACCAGCUCAGCUUUUUGUCUCUUCAAUCUUUACCAAACAUCGUAGUAAUUUACUCAGGAACUUUCAAGUUAAAGUUCCCAUGCUUGGAUCAAGUGACUAUAAAGGAAUGCCCUCAAAUGAAAUACUCUUAUGUACCUGAUUUGCAUGAAUUCAAGCCUCAGGAGCGAACUUGGAAGGCCACUCUGCAAUGCUCGUAUUUAAAAAUCGUCAUGGUAGUUAAAUGUCCCAGUAUGAAAACUUUUUCUGAAGGAGUCAUGAAAGUGCCAAAGUUUUCAGGAAUUCAAACAUCUAAGGAUUCUGAUUUAAUCUUCCAUGAAGAUCUCAAUACAACUAUCAAGAAAUUGUUUCACGAAGAGGUGGAAAAAUCCGCUUGCGAUUUAGAGCAUUUGAAAUUUGGUGAUCACCCUAACCUGGAAGAGAUUUGGCUUGGUGUAGUUCCAAUUCCAAGAAACGAUUGUUUCAACAAUUUGCAAUCUAUAGCUGUGGUUCAAUGUGAAUCUCUCUCCAAUGUCAUUCCUUUCUAUUUACUACGCUUUCUUUCUAACCUCAAAGAGAUCGAGGUAAGCAACUGUCAAUCUGUGAAGGCAAUAUUUGAUGUGAGAGGUGAAGGAGCAUAUAUGAAACCGAUUUCUCUUCCUUUGAAGAAACUCAUUCUAAAUCAGUUGCCAAAUCUGGAGCACAUCUGGAAUCUGAAUCCUGAUGAAAUUCUGAGCCUUCAAGACUUGCAACAAGUGUCAAUUUCUAACUGUCAAACCCUUAAAAGUUUGUUUCCAACAUCAGUGGCCAAUCAUCUUGUUAAGCUUCAUGUGAGAGCUUGUGCAACAUUGGUGAAAAUUUUUGUAGAGACUGAAACAGCCUCUGAAGGAGAAACUAAACAGUUCAAUUUCCAUUGUCUGACCUCAAUAACACUAUGGGAAUUGCCAGAGCUCAAAUACUUGUACCCUGGAAAACACACUCAGGAAUGGCCAAUGCUAACACAUCUAGAUAUAUAUCAUUGUGAUCAGUUGAAAUUGUUUAAAACCGAGAAUCAUAGUGAUGAAUUUUCAGAUACAAAGGAUCAACUCGGUAUUUCAAUACAUCAGCAACCUGCUUUCUCAGUUAAAAAGGUUUCUCCAAAACUGAAAAAAUUAGCACUUAAUGAGAAAAACAUCAUGUUGUUGAGAGAUGGAUGUUUGCCGCAUGAUCUUCUUUGCAAGCUAAGUCAUCUUUGGUUUCUUUUUGAGGAUUAUGAAAUUGAGAAUGAUACUCUGCCUUUUGAUUUCUUUCACAAGCUACCUUGUUUAGAAUAUCUUCAUUUGGAAAAAUGUUUUGGUCUGAAGGUGAUAUUUCCCUCUCAAAAGCUUCAGGUUCAUGACAAAGUACUUGCUGGAUUGAAACAAUUAUGUUUGAUAAAAGUAAGUGAGUUAGAGUCCAUAGGUUUGGAGCACGAGUGGGUACAACCAUACUCUAGAAAGCUUGAACUACUAAAGCUUCACACUUGCCCUCAAGUAGAAAACAUAGUUUCUUGUUCAGUGUCAUUCAUCAAUCUUACAAAGUUAUAUGUGAAGCUAUGUGAAAAGAUGGAAUAUUUAUUCACAUUUGCAACACUCAAAAGUUUGGUGAAACUUAAAACUCUAAGCAUAAAGAAUUGUGAAUCAAUAAAAGAAAUUGUAAAAAAGGAGGAUGAAGAUGCUUGUGAUGAGAUAGUGUUUGGACAGCUCAGAUCAAUUAAGCUGAAUUCCUUACCAAAGCUAUUAAGCUUUUAUUCAGGAAAUGCCACUUUGAAAUUCUUGUGUUUGCAGAGUUUUAUGGUAGCUAAAUGUCCCAAUAUGAUAACUUUCUCUGAAGGAGUAAUAAAUAUGCCAAUACUUUCGGGGAUUAAAACAUCGAAAGAUUCUGUUGUAGUAUUCCACGACAAUCUCAACACAACAAUCGAGACGUCGCUUCACGAACAGGAAUUUAUGGAAUAUUCAAAGCGUAUGAUUCUUGAAGAUUAUCUUGGGAUGUCUGGAGUUCACCACAGAAAACCUAUUGUUUCAGACAAUUUUUUUGGUAGUUUCAAGAAAUUGGAAUUUGAUGCAGCAUGCAAUAGAACUGUUUUAAUUCCAUCUCAUGUACUUCCUUACUUGAAGAACUUAGAAGAAUUGAAUGUGAAAAAAUCCGAUGCAAUGCAAAUAAUAUUCGACAUUGACGAGAGUGAGGUCAAGACGAAGGGAGUAGUUUUUGGUUUGAAAAAACUUACUUUACGCAAUUUGUCAAAUUUGAAACGUGUAUGGAAGGAAAAUUCCACAGGAAUGAUCAGCUUUCAUAAUUUGCAAGAAGUGGUUGUUAAUGGUUGUGGAAGUUUGAUAACAUUGUUCUCUUCGUCCCUAGCAAGAAAUCUCGGGAAGCUUGAGAAACUUAGCAUAAAAGAGUGUGGAAAACUGGUAGAAAUAGUUGAAAAGGAAGAUGGAACGGAAAAUGGAACCAAAAUAAUGUUUGAAUUCCCUUGUUUGACGUGGCUAUAUCUCAAAAACAUGCCACUCUUGAGUUGCUUUUAUCCUGGAAAGCAUGAUCUGGAUUGUCCGUUAUUGGAAACCUUAUUUGUGUGCUUUUGUCCUAAAUUGAAGCUAUUCACAUCAGACUUUGAUGAAAAUCAGAAAGGAGCUAUAGAGGCUCAAAUUAGCCCACUGCAACAACCUAUGUUUUCAGUUGAAAAGGUUUCUCCCAAAAUAAAGGCUUUGGCACUCAAUGAAGAAAACAUAAUGUUAUUUAGAGAAGUACAGUUGCUACAAGACAUUCUUUGCAAUAUAGUUAUUCUUGGGUUGUGUUUUGAGGAUGAUAACAUUGAGAAAGAUAGUUUGCCUUUUGACUUCUUUAACACACUACCCAAUGUAUUCUAUCUUGCAAUUAAAAAGUGCUUUGGUUUGAAGGAGAUAUUUCCCUCUCAAAAACUUCAAGUUCACGAUGGAGGACUUGCGGGAUUGAAACAAUUAUUCUUGGUAGAUCUAAAAGAGUUAGAGUCGGUGGGCUUAGAACACCCUUGGGUACAACCGUACUCUGAAAAGCUUCAAGCAUUAAGCCUUAAGAGGUGCCCUCAGUUACAAAAAUUAGUUUAUUGUGCAGUGUCUUUCAUCAAUCUUGAAGUACUGUGCGUGAAACUCUGUGAAAGGAUGGAAUAUUUAUUCACAUUUGCAACAGUCAAAAGUUUGGUGAAACUUGAGACCCUAAUCAUAAAUAGUUGUGAAUCAAUGAAAGAAAUUAUUAAACAUGAAAACGAAGAUGGUUGUGCUGAGAUGGUAUUUGGACGACUCAAAUCAAUCAAGCUGAAAUCAUUGCCAAGACUUGUAAGGUUUUAUUCAGGGAAGGCCACUCUGCAAUGCUCAUAUUUAAAAGUCGUCAUGGUAGUUAAAUGUCCCAGUAUGAAAACUUUUUCUGAAGGAGUCAUGAAAGUGCCAAAGUUUUCAGGAAUUCAAACAUCUAAGGAUUCUGAUUUAAUCUUCCAUGAAGAUCUCAAUACAACUAUCAAGAAAUUGUUUCACGAAGAGGUGGAAAAAUCCGCUUGCGAUUUAGAGCAUUUGAAAUUUGGUGAUCACCCUAACCUGGAAGAGAUUUGGCUUGGUGUAGUUCCAAUUCCAAGAAACGAUUGUUUCAACAAUUUGCAAUCUAUAGCUGUGGUUCAAUGUGAAUCUCUCUCCAAUGUCAUUCCUUUCUAUUUACUACGCUUUCUUUCUAACCUCAAAGAGAUCGAGGUAAGCAACUGUCAAUCUGUGAAGGCAAUAUUUGAUGUGAAUGGUGCAGCAGCAGAUAUGAAACCGAUUUCUCUUCCUUUGAAGAAACUCAUUCUAAAUCAGUUGCCAAAUCUGGAGCACAUCUGGAAUCUGAAUCCUGAUGAAAUUCUGAGCCUUCAAGACUUGCAACAAGUGUCGAUUUCUAACUGUCAAACCCUUAAAAGUUUGUUUCCAACAUCAGUGGCCAAUCAUCUUGUUAAGCUUCAUGUGAGAGCUUGUGCAACAUUGGUAGAAAUUUUUGCAGUGGCUGAUGCAGCCAUCAAUGGAGAAACUAAGAAGUUCAAUUUCCAUUGUCUGACCUCAUUAACACUAUGGGAAUUGCCAGAGCUCAAAUACUUGUACCCUGGAAAACACACUCUGGAAUGGCCAAUGCUAACACAUCUAGAUAUAUAUCAUUGUGAUCAGUUGAAAUUGUUUAAAACUGAGCAUCAUAGUGAUGAAUUUGCAGAUACAGAGGAUCAACUCGGUAUUUCAAUACAUCAGCAAGCUGCUUUCUCGGUUGAAAAGGUUAUACCAAGCAUUGAACACCAAGAAAUCACUAGGAAGGACACUAAGAUUGGACAAGGACAAUUUGGAGCAAAUGUUGCACAACUCCUGCAAAAUUUAAAACUUCUCAAAUUAAUGUGCUAUCAUGAAGAUGAUAAGUCAAAUAUAUUCUCAAGAGGAUUACUUGAAGAGAUAACCAACAUUGAAAAUCUUGAAGUGGUUUGCAGUUCCUUCACUGAAAUAUUCUGCUCUCAAGGACCUACCAAUGAUUGUAGCAAAGUACUUCUAAAGCUGAAAAGAUUACAUCUGAAGAAUCUCCCACAGCUUAAUACCAUCGGAUUAGAGCACUCAUGGGUAGAACCCUUACUUAAAACACUAGAAACAUUGGAAGUGUUUUCAUGCCCUAACAUGAAAAUUUUGGGGCCAUCCACCUUGUCUUUUUCAAGUCUUACCUCUUUGAGUGUUGAUGAAUGCCAUGGAUUGUUAUAUCUGUUCACAUCCUCAACAGCCAAAAGACUAGGUCAACUGAAGCACUUUUCCAUACGGGAUUGUCAAGCAAUACAGGAAAUAGUGUCCAAAGAGGAAGAUCAUGAAUCAGAAGAUGAAGAUAUAACAUUUGACCAGCUCAGCAUUUUGUCUCUUCAAUCUUUACCAAACAUCGUAGUAAUUUACUCAGGAACUUUCAAGUUAAAGUUCCCAUGCUUGGAUCAAGUGACUAUAAAGGAAUGCCCUCAAAUGAAAUACUCUUAUGUACCUGAUUUGCAUGAAUUCAAGCCUCAGGAGCGAACUUAAUUGCAAGAGCUGAGUUUGUUGGCAGGUAUAAACUCGCUAAGUCAACACAUUUUGUUAGAAAAUUCACAUGAAUGUAUUUGGUAACCAACAGCUUCAUUUCUUACCAAGUUUUUCCUAAACUUUCUUGCGUGCAUAAACUUUGUUCUAAUGUUUAUCCGUCAUCAGUAUGGUACAUGCCCCCUUCUGUUUGAGGCAAGCUAUACAACAUAAAUAUCAGUUUUAUUUCAAUAGUUUGGUUUUGGAAA